AUGGAAGACGACCUCCCAAAAGGUCCAAAACGAAAGUCAUCUAUCCUCGACAUGUCCGACCUUGGCGAACCCGCUAUCGACCCCAACAAUGACGAACAAAACCUGAAGAUGUUGGUUUGUAAAGUCAAGGUCCCUCAUGUGGCACAUAAUGGGAUGUAUACCUCUGUGGUGCGAACGCCUCGCGGGAAUCGUGCUCAACGCGGACAGACAUCUAUCAUCCAUCUCGAGGAGUUCGGAAUAAGCGGGGCGUUCCUCAACAAGACACACCAGAGCAUCGUCAUCGUGGUCGACAUACUUCUGGUUGAUGCUGCCGAUCCAGAAGACAUCAAGCUCUGGUACGUAGAGGACGAAGGCCCGCGUUUUCCUGUCGUCGAUCCGGAUAGUGCGAGGUUGUUGAUGAGGGAAUGGAAGGCUCUUCGCACGAACCACACUUACAACGUCAUGGAUGCAAUGGAUAAGAUGCUGAAGAAGCAUGUGUCCUUUGAUCCACGCAGCGAGAAGGUGAUGGUGGUGGUUCAUUGGAUUGGGACAGAUGGGAAUUGCCAGGCGUAUAUCAAUAUCAACGCGAGGGUGUAUUACCGAGAGGAGCUACUACAGCCAGCUGCUCGACCUUUACCUGCCAACCGCCUCAUUGGUGGAUCAUAA